AUGGGCAACGAGAAGAUGUGGUCUUCUGUGAUGACUCCUACUUUUCUAUUCCUGAGUUUCUUUUCUGUGGGAUUGCCCCAAAAUCCAGGGUCAGCCACAGAUGAAAGUGACAACUACCCUCCUUUCUGGGACCAAAUUAACGGGGACAUUGCAGAAUUUCCAGUACAGAAUAACAAAACCAUCAUUGAUCCCUGGAACUACCUGGAUCGACUGCAAAUGUAUAAGAUCCUUAUUACACAAUCAAACAAAUACUUUGCUGGGUUUGGACAAAACAAUACAGGUCGAUAUUCAGAACCACCCAAUAGUUCAAUCUGUGCUUAUGAGGCUGGAGGCCCUGGCUGCAUAUCCAUCAACAGUGGCUGGGGAGGUAUUACCUUCUAUAUGAUUGUUAUAUCUUUCCUUGCUGCAAUUGAAUCUGAGUUUUUGACGAAUUUACCAUAUGAGGUAGAAUUAAUAUCUCGGGAGGAAUACAGAUCUAACUUCUGUUAUUCAAUUGUGGAAUGCCGUGCAACCUACCCACGAGUUAUGGAUGCAGCCAACCAGUAUUAUCAGUAUUUGCAGUCCAGAAAGAUAGUUUCAAUUAUCAGAGAUAUUCCUAAGUACGACACAGAUGAGGACACGGUGAUUUUUUACAUGUGGAAGUUACAUCGAACAGCUGUUGAAGCUGGACAACUGAAGUUCAGUGACAUAUCAUUUUAUUCUUCUGAAACUGAAAGAGACUUCACCAAAGACUUUAUACUUGCUAUAGAAUUUUGCGAAGAUGCAAGAUAUCGCCCAUACUUUGAAAGUUCAGCAGAAUUCCUAGUGGGUUUCCCACAUAGGCUACUCACAGAUCAAGAUCAUCACAUUCUCACAAGUAGUUUCAGCGUACGGGAAAAAGCACUUUUGAAUUCAGUAAGACUCAUUUCGAAAGUAAAUGGAAUCACAGAUGGAAAGACCCACGAAGACAGGGACCUGCCUGUCUUGUUCUCUAGUCUCAUGAGUGCCUAA